AUGCCUCAAAAGUUAAAGGUCGGCGUGGCACAGGCCCGCACCGGCCCCUCUCUCUCCGCUACACUCUCUGCUUUGGAGCGCAUCACACGAAGUGCAGCUUCUCAAGGUGUGAGCCUGCUGCUUUUCCCUGAAGCAUACCUGGGAGGCUAUCCUCGCACCUGCGAUUUCGGAACUGCAGUUGGCGCUCGUGCUCCUCAUGGCCGAGAGCAGUUUUUGCGGUAUUUCCAAGAUGCAGUAGAUCUUGGAGAUACUCCCGCAGGGGCUGGGGAUGACUGGGUGGAACGGAAACUUCCCGUUGCGAAAGGGUCUGAUCGUCGCGGCGAUGGCACAAGAGAGUUCCUUGAGAGAGUUUCUCGCGAGACGGGUGUCUUUAUCGCCACGGGUGUAAUUGAAAAGGCGGGUGGUACCUUGUACUGUUCAGCGCUUUACGUGGACCCAACCUCGGGUGUCCUGGGAAAGCGACGAAAGGUGAUGCCGACAGCCUCUGAGCGCCUCAUCUGGGGCCAGGGCUCGCCCUCUUCUUUGAAAGCCGUCACAACUGUGCUCAACGGCGUGAAGCUUACCAUCGCUGCGGCAAUUUGCUGGGAAAACUUCAUGCCUCUGCUUCGACAGAGCCUGUAUUCUCAGAAUGUCAACAUCUAUCUUGCUCCAACGGCUGAUAGUCGAGACACUUGGCUUCCCCUCAUGCGCACAGUCGCUGGCGAGGGUAGGACUUUCGUCCUCUCCGCUAACCAAUGCGUUCGGUACCGCGAGUUACCGUCAUGGAUUACCGACCAUGCUGAGAAGGAUGGAACGGCUCUUGAAGGAGACCAGUACAUUGCCCGUGGCGGAUCUAGCAUUGUUGGCCCCCUCGGAGAAGUCCUUGCCGGCCCUGUCUGGGAAUCCUGCGUUGACGAUGCACUUGAGUCCUCGGCUUCAGGAGAGGUCUCCGACAAGGACGGCCUGUUGAUUCACGAAAUCGACUUGGAGGAUUGUGAGCGAGGCAGGCUUGAUCUUGACGUUGCCGGAAGCUACUCAAGGAGCGAGUUCAAGCUGACAGUGGAGGGACUGGACUUGAACCCUCCUCCUUUUUGA